AUGUUGUCCCACCACAUUGACGACAAGUUCACUCAUAAUCUUGAUAAUACUGUCAAAAAGCCUUUAUUAUUAAUAGAUGCCGAUGCCACCCAGCGACAACACCCGCCAAUCAAAGAUGCUCGUCGGAUACCCCAAGGAUUCUCUGAUGAUUCCUGA